AUGGCAAAACAUUUGUUAGAAAUGUGUGAAGAGAUUAAUCAAGAUGAACGUAAUAAUAUCAAAGAUCUUUUAAAAAAGAAGAAAACAAAGAAUUUACAGGAAGAUACAUUGUUACAUCAAACUAGUGAUAAUAAUAAUAUGAAUACAAAUAAAAGUGAAAUCGAACCUGUUUCAUUAACUAUUAGAGAAAAAGCAACUAUCAAUCGUCAAUUGCUUAAGGCAUUAAUUUCUGCUAAUGCACCAUUGUUUUUUGUAAAAGACCCCGAACAGAACCAAAAUAAAAAAAAAUCUCAAAUCUUCGAAGAAUCAACAUCAAGUGAAAUAGAUGUGAAUUUAGAUGAUAAUGCCAAUGACUAUGUUAGUAAUAUGGAUGAAUUUAUGGAUAAUUUGAAUCAAAUAUCUAACAACUUGAUAGAUGAUGUUCACUUACUUGAUUCAAAUAGUGAAGAAACUAUCUCAACACUU